AUGAACGAGUUCUACAGGAGCUUUGUGCCUGGAGAAGAGCAGAAGAGGAUUCAGGCUCUGGAGCCCUUUGACGAAUUUGAGGAAUGGCACCUGAAGUGCUCCCAUUAUUUCAUCCUGGCCGCAUCUAAGGGAGAGGACUCCUCUGCACCUCCCGUCUUUCCCAGGGUGGAAGCUCCCCCGGCUCAUCGAGCCCCUCGCUUUGCUGGGACUGUGGCCGCAUCCUCCUGUGGGGCAGCGGCUGGCCUGAAGCGCUAUGGUCACUGCUCGGUGCUCCUCGCCCCAGACGUCAUUCUAACCACCGGUGGCUUCGGGGACCAUGGUGGGCGCCACUGCCGCCUGACUGAGCUGCAUAUUCUGCUCAAGCAGCAGGACGGUUGGAGAAGCGACAAGGUCAGACUGGCCGAGCUAGAAAUGUCUUGGGACGGGCGGCUUUUCCACACCGUGAAUGUUCUGCGCUCAGGCUGGGCUGUCGUCCUUGGGGGCCGCAAAUCCCCAGUGAGCCUUGCUCUGCCCCCCCUUCGCUUAAAGGGGCUGGCAGAUGCCGAUCCUUUGAGCCCCAGCAACCCUGUCCUUGAGCUCACUCCGCUGCCACCUGUCGAGGGCCUCUCCGUGCCCCGCUGGAGACACACCGCCACAGAAGUCACGCAUGAAGGACAGGCUUACCUCUUCAUCUACGGAGGCUGCAGUUCUGGGCAGUUGGUACUCACCGAUUGGCACUUCCUGCAUUUGGAGGGGCUCCGCUGUCAGCAGAUUCCAGUGGAGGGUCCUGUUCCGGCCGGCCGUCACUCGCACAGUGCCUGCAGCUGGGCAGGAGGGGUGCUCAUCGCCGGCGGCCUGGCAUCCUCUGAGCAGCUGCUGGGCAGCCUCUUGUUUCUGAAGCCAGCCGGGAGAGGCUUCCAGUGGCAUUCUCUGGAGACCUGCCCCCCGCUCACACCCAGGUAUUCACACACGGCUCACGUGCACCGCGGGAAGCUGUUGCUCGUGGGUGGGGUCUGGCUCAACCCUCCUUCGGUGCCUGGCGUUGCCGUGAUAGACCUGGCGACAAGGGCUUUAGCGGAGUAUCACAUUGACACAAUGAGGAAGAGGCAAGAUUUGUAUCGCUCAGAUACCCUCGUGAGCAGCUCCAGAAUUUGCCCAGAGCUGCCAGGGGCAGAGGCAGCAGGAGCUCAGAAAGACAUUUCUGGAGUGGCCCCUGAUGUUACACAACCACAGCAGUGUCAUCAUACCCGACACGGAGGAGAUGAUUCUUACUGGAGGGGGCGGAAACUGCUUCUCCUUUGGGACUCAUCUGAACUGGUCGCCUAUCCGCCUGGAUCUGAGCAGCAUCUGAAGGGGUGGGCUUUGACAUAUUGCAGCCCAAGAGGACAGAAGGGCCGAAGCAGACUGGGUGAUGCAGUGGACUGGACUCCUUGCACUCAAGAACAUUCCCCCCAUCCCCACCCCCGGUCAUUGGACACGGGCAGCCUGUGGCAAGAGAGCUGUGCUCCUGCUCUGCAGAGCAGAUGUUCCACUGGUGGCCCCCCGGCUUCAGGGGGAAGGAGCCCAGGUGUAGGAGGCCACCUGCCCUAAAACUCUCAGCCCCGGCUCCUUUGCUGCCUCCCGGACAGUGGCCCCUGUCAGCAGGAGGGUCCAGUAGGCUUCCGGGGGAUUUUUAUCGUUUCCUUCCUACACCUCCUCCUGUGCCAGCCUCCUCAUGCAGCGUUUUCUAGUGAUCUCAGCCGGUCGGAGAGAGCAACACUGAGCAAAAGGGGUUUGUUCCCAGCAGCAAAAAGCAAAGCCUGUUCUCAUUCCAGUGAUGGACGUCUAUCGCACCGGCCAUUCCGGGUUCACUUCUGAGCCUCUGGGUUAUUAUAUACCCUAAAUAAUUGUAAUGACCUCCUCCUAAGUAGGUAGCACUAUUCAUUUAAUAGUAGCAUCACAAAUACAAUAUUUCGUUAUAUUUGAA